GUUUAAUUACAUAUAUUAGCUAUGCAUGCUUGCCUGGUAUCAUUUAAUAACGUCGCUGUAAACUACAGCAACUUUACCCUUCUGGGAGAAAAUAAUGCAGUUUUAUCACCUCCGCCAGAGAUGGUAGACAUCUUAACCUCCUGUGUUGGCAGACGUGCCAAAGGAUUCUAAUUUGUGGAGCACCUAAAUGGUAAAACUAUUGAUAGAAGCCUAUAAAACACAUAAAAAUAAAUUUGAGUCCCCCAAUUAUAGAAAAAAUAAAGUCUGGGCCCUGAUUAGCUGUGAGCUCCAAAAACAUGGUUUCAUGAAAUAUGGGGCUAAAUGUGACGAAAAGUGGCGUAACCUAAGAAAAACAUAUGACAAAGUUAAACAAAAUAAUAGCAAAUCUGGACAUGGAAAGACAUCAUGGGAAUACUGGGAUGAUUUCCAUGAAAUUUAUUUCAGAGAUCCCAGAUUUGAACCUCUAGCUACAGCGUCAAGUAGUGGAAUUGUGCUCAAAAGAAAAAUAAUUGAGGAAUCUACUUCUAAUACCAGUGAAAUAGAAAAUCAUGCUUCAAAUGCAAAAGUUAGUAUGUGUUCAGGAGAAAAAAAAAGAAAAUCAUCUUUAACAAUUAAAGAAAUAGUUGCCAAUAUACAACAAAGGCAUGAUGAGAAAAUGGCCCUCAAACGGGACAUGUUUCAAUGGUUUAAAGAUAAUUUUAAAAAAUAGGGAGCCUUUGUUAUAUGAGAGUUAAAGGUAUUUUUUGUUAUUUCAUUUUUGAGAAUUUUUUUUUACAAUAUUUGUUAUUUUUGAAGAAUAAAGUUUGUUUUAUUUUUUAUGGAUU